GGACAAAUUGCUGGUGAGGAGAAGGAGGGUGAGUGUAAAGGAAGGUUGUCAACACUGAGGGAGUGUUGCCUGAGGGAGCCAUAACACUGGUGUUGCUGCUGCUGCUGUUCCCUGCUGUUGCCUGCUGCUGUCUGCUGCUGUCUGCUGGUGUUGUUGUGCCUUACUGCUGGCACCCUGGCCCCUGGCACCCCCCCCACCACACCCCAGGAAGCUCCACACACUAGAGGUCAUGGCAGGCAGGGCAGGCUCGGUAGCGAGGCGGGCGACUGCUGCAUUCCUCAGACUUCCUCCGCUUCCCUCUACGAGUGACCUCGUCAAGCUCUACAAUUUAAGAGCGACGAAGCAGCUGGGUCAAAAUUUUCUGAUGGAUCAUAAAUUAACGAGCAAAAUUGUCCGAAGUGGCGGACGUGUUCGUGACUGUCAUGUUUGUGAGGUUGGACCAGGGCCAGGAGGCAUCACACGGAGUAUUCUGGAGCAAGGAGCAGCACACCUCACAGUCCUAGAGAAGGACCCCAGAUUUAUACCAACAUUAGAGCUGUUAAAAGAUGCCUCAAAUGGAAAACUUGAUAUUGAAUUGGGUGAUGUUUUGACUUUCAAUAUGGAAAAAAUAUUCUCCCCAGACCUUGUACAACCUUGGGAAGGUCGCCCUCCAAAAAUUCAUUUGAUAGGAAACCUUCCUUUCAACGUGGCAACACCAUUGAUUAUCCGCUGGUUAAGAGACAUUAGCCUCAAGCGCAAUGCCUGGGUGAAUGGCCGCGUACGCAUGACGCUCACGUUUCAGCUGGAGGUGGUGCAACGCAUGGUAGCACCUCCAGGACACCAUCAGAGAUGUCGUUUAUCUGUAAUGUGCCAAAACUGGUGUCAGGUAACGCACAAGUUUACCAUCCCUGGCCGAGCAUUUGUGCCAAAACCAGACGUGGACGUUGGCAUUGCUCACUUUAUUCCUAGAGUUGAACCACACAUACCUUUAGAGUUCUCACUGGUGGAAAAAGUUGUGCGUUGCAUCUUUUCAUUUAGACAAAAGUAUUGUAAACGGGGUGCUGGUAUGCUUUUCCCAGAGUCCCUCAGGGAUGAACUAGUGGAUCAGAUGUUCACGGUAGCAGAAGUGAAUCCCACGUUGCGACCCUUCCAACUCUCAAUGUCCGAGUUUAACCGCUUGUGUCACACAUACGCUGCCAUUAUUGAGAAGCGACCAACUCUGGCAAGGUUCAAUACCCAUAAUCGUAGAGCUGUUGUGGAAGGUGUUGAUUAUGAUAGUGAUGGAAGUGAGGUGGAGGCAGAUAAUUAUAUUGUGGGUCCUGCUGCUUGAGAGUGUUGAGUAUGAUAGUGAUGUGGAGAAAAUGUAAAUACUGUACUGUACAGUACUCUGAUGCUGCUGUUCCUACUUCAGAGAUGCAUUGAUUAUGAAUGAUGGUAGUAAAAUGGGGAAGUUUUCAAUAUAUUUUUUGUAGUCCCUGCAUUAUAAGGGUGUUCAGUGUUAUUCAGUGCAACUGUAACGGUAAUAAACAUUUAAGUACGUCUUACACGUGGGAAAAGUGUAAGCACGCACUGUACAGUAGUUCCCGUUUCAGGAAGAUCUACUGAGGGUUGACUAUAGCCCUAAACUAACUCUUUUUGACUAUUGUUAUUCACAAGAAUGUUCCAGGCAACAAAUGAAGUUGUUUUAAGGUAUUGGUGCUAGGUUUUCAGCACUAUACUAUUCUUCAAAGACAUAAGGAUGAAAGUUUAGCCUUGGUGAAAGUUUCAACUUAGUGAAAGCUUAGAUUUCUUAUUGGUCAGCUGUAAAUUUAUGGAACUUUAGUAUGUGACAUUUGCUGCAGGUGUCAAAAAUGUUGUGAUGUAACUUGAUACUGCAUUCUAACUUCAGAAUAUCAAGAAUCAAUGCAUACAUUAAUGUAUUCAGAGUUGGUGCUUAAUGUAUUAAUAAUUAAAUAUAUUGCAAAGCAUUUUCCUUGCCACAAGAUAGCAAAGAUUAUAAUGUCCAUACAAUGUGUUAUGGUAUUUAUAUUAAUAAAAGACCAGUAUGUGAU